AUGGGCUGUGGGUGUUCCAAACUCUCUGUCUGUUGUUGGGGUUCAGAAAUUACUGAACCAGUUCUUGAGACCCAUAGCGUGGAAAAUGAGGAGAAGAAUGAACUUGAUUUGCCUGCAUUUCAUGAGUACACAGUUGAGCAACUUAGGACGGCAACCUCAGGAUUUGCUGUGGAGAAUAUAGUUUCUGAACAUGGGGAAAAAGCCCCAAAUGUGGUUUACAAAGGGAAGCUUGAGAAUCAAAGACGGAUAGCUGUCAAAAGAUUCAAUAGAUCAGCUUGGCCUGAUGCCCGGCAAUUUUUGGAAGAAGCAAGGGCUGUUGGGCAGCUUCGGAACAUCCGAUUGACAAAUUUACUUGGUUGUUGCUGUGAAGGUGACGAGAGACUACUUGUUGCUGAAUAUAUGCCCAAUGAUACAUUGGCAAAGCAUUUAUUUCAUUGGGAAACACAACCCAUGAAAUGGGCAAUGCGGUUACGGGUGGCUUUAUAUCUUGCACAGGCUCUUGAAUAUUGUACCAGUAAAGGACGUGCCCUUUAUCAUGAUUUAAAUGCCUAUAGAAUUGUGUUUGAUGAUGAUGGCAACCCUAGACUUUCAUGCUUUGGUAUGAUGAAAAACAGUAGAGAUGGGAAAAGCUACAGUACAAACCUGGCAUUUACUCCUCCCGAGUAUCUACGGACAGGAAGAGUUACGGCAGAAAGUGUAAUGUAUAGCUUUGGCACCCUUUUGCUUGACCUUCUCAGUGGGAAACACAUUCCUCCAAGCCAUGCACUUGAUCUUAUUCGGGACAGGAAUCUUCAGAUGCUAACAGAUUCUUGUUUGGAAGGCCAAUUUUCAAAUGAUGAGGGAACUGAGUUAGUACGUUUGGCUUCACGAUGUUUGCAAUAUGAACCCCGAGAGCGUCCUAAUCCAAAGUCAUUGGUUGCUGCUUUGGUUCCUCUUCAGAAGGAUACAGAGGUUGCUUCUCAUGUAUUGAUGGGUAUACCACAUGGUGCAGCAGCUUUACCUAAUCUAUCACCACUUGGUGAAGCCUGUGUGAGGAAGGAUUUGACGGCCAUACAUGAGAUCUUAGAAAGCAUUGGAUAUAAGGAUGAUGAAGGUGCAGCAACUGAGCUUUCAUUCCAAAUGUGGACCAACCAGAUGCAGGAGACAUUAAACUCAAAGAAAAAGGGUGACGUUGCUUUCCAUCAUAAAGAUUUCAGGGCUGCAAUUGAGUGUUACACCCAGUUUAUUGAUGUUGGAACCAUGGUUUCCCCGACAGUUUUUGCACGCCGUAGUUUGUCUUAUGUGAUGAGUGACAUGCCACAGGAAGCCUUGAAUGAUGCAUCACAAGCCCAAGUGAUUUCCCCGGUUUGGCACAUUGCAUCAUAUUUGCAAGCUGCAGCUCUUUUUGUACUUGGAAGGGAUGAUGAGGCACAAGUAGCCCUCAAAGAGGGUUGUGUACUAGAAAGUAAAAAGAACACAACCGCUUGA